CUCUGGAUCCGGUCGGACGGGGAGGGCGUCCGCGGCACAGCUACCUUUCUGGAAAGAUGAUUCUUCAUUGGAACUCAUUUUUUGGCUUCCCUGUCAUACUUAUGUACCAUUGGAUGGGGACAGCUUUAUCUUUGAAUCUGGAAGAUCCCAAUGUGUGUAGCCACUGGGAAAGUUAUUCAGUUACAGUGCAAGAGUCAUAUCCACAUCCUUUUGAUCAAAUUUAUUACACUAGUUGUACUGACAUCCUAAACUGGUUUAAGUGCACACGACACAGGAUCAGUUAUCGUACUGCCUACAGACAUGGUGAAAAAACGAUGUACAGGCGUAAAUCCCAGUGCUGCCCUGGCUUUUAUGAAAGCAGGGAAAUGUGUGUCCCUCAUUGUGCUGAUAAAUGUGUCCACGGUCGUUGUAUUGCUCCAAACACCUGUCAGUGUGAGCCUGGCUGGGGAGGACCCAACUGCUCCAGUGCAUGUGACAGUGACCACUGGGGGCCUCACUGCAGCAGCCGCUGCCAGUGCAAAAAUGGAGCUUUGUGCAAUCCCAUCACUGGAGCCUGCCACUGUGCGUCAGGUUUCAAAGGCUGGCGCUGUGAGGAACGCUGCAAUCAGGGGACGUACGGAAAUGAUUGCCAUCAAAAAUGCCAGUGUCAAAAUGGAGCCACCUGUGACCAUGUGACUGGAGAGUGCAGAUGUCCUCCUGGAUACACUGGUGCCUUCUGUGAGGACCUGUGUCCUCCUGGGAAGCAUGGGCCACAGUGUGAGGAGAGGUGCCCAUGCCAGAAUGGAGGCGUCUGUCACCACGUCACUGGAGAGUGUGCCUGCCCACCAGGAUGGAUGGGCAUGGUCUGUGGUCAGCCUUGUCCUGAGGGUCGUUAUGGGAAAAACUGUUCCCAGGAAUGCCAAUGCCACAAUGGAGGAACCUGUGACUCAGCAAUGGGUCAGUGCCAUUGCAGCCCAGGCUACACAGGGGAAAGAUGCCAAGAUGAAUGUCCAGUGGGGAGUUAUGGACUGCAGUGUGCUGAGACCUGCAAGUGCAUGAAUGGUGGAAAAUGUUACCACAUCAGUGGUGCUUGUCUCUGUGAACCAGGAUACACUGGAGAGCACUGUGAAACAAGGCUUUGCCCUGAGGGAAUUUAUGGUCUCAAAUGUGAUAAAAAGUGUCCCUGCCACAUGCCUAAUACCUGGAGCUGUCACCCUAUGUCUGGGGAAUGCUCCUGCAAGCCCGGCUGGUCUGGGCUCUACUGCAACGAGACUUGCUCCCCAGGAUUCUAUGGCGAGUCAUGUCAGCAGAUCUGCAGCUGCCAAAAUGGUGCUGACUGUGAUAGUGUGACUGGAAAAUGCACCUGUGCCCCAGGAUUUAAGGGUGCUGCUUGUGGUACUCCUUGUCUUCCGGGGACGUAUGGAGUAAACUGUUCAUCUGUAUGCAACUGCAAAAAUGAAGCCAUCUGUUCUCCAGUUGAUGGUUCUUGUGCCUGCAAAGCAGGUUGGCAUGGUGUAGAUUGCUCAAUAAAUUGUCCCAGUGGUACCUGGGGACUUGGCUGUAACUUAACUUGCCAGUGCCUUAAUGGAGGGGCUUGCAAUGCUCUGGAUGGAACCUGUACCUGUGCCCCAGGCUGGAGAGGUGAAAAAUGUGAACUUCCUUGUCAGGAUGGCACAUAUGGUAUGGAUUGUGCUGAACGCUGUGAUUGCAGCCAUGCAGACGGCUGUCAUCCCACCACGGGUUACUGUCGGUGUCUACCAGGAUGGUCAGGCAUUCAUUGUGACAGCGUGUGUGCUGAGGGACAGUGGGGUCCAAAUUGCUCGUUGUCUUGUUACUGCAAAAAUGGAGCAUCCUGCUCUCCAGAUGAUGGAAUCUGUGAGUGUGCACCAGGAUACAGAGGCACCACUUGCCAGAGAAUUUGUUCCCCUGGGUUUUAUGGACAUCGCUGCAGCCAGACGUGCCCCCAGUGUGUCCACAGCAGUGGCCCCUGCCACCAUAUUACUGGCUUAUGUGACUGCUUACCUGGAUUUACAGGAGCCCUCUGUAAUGAAGUAUGUCCCAGUGGCAGAUUUGGUAAGAACUGCAUUGGAAUAUGCACCUGCACCAAUAAUGGAACAUGUAAUCCUAUCGAUAGAUCCUGUCAGUGUUACCCUGGCUGGAUUGGUAGUGACUGCUCUCAGCCUUGCCCACCUUCCCAGUGGGGACCAAACUGCAUCCACACAUGCAACUGCCAUAAUGGAGCUUACUGCAGUGCCUAUGAUGGGGAAUGCAAAUGUACCCCAGGAUGGACUGGGCUUUACUGUACACAACGAUGUCCCCUAGGGUUUUAUGGGAAGGACUGUGCAUUGAUAUGCCAGUGUCAGAAUGGAGCUGACUGUGACCACAUCAGUGGCCAGUGCACCUGCCGCACAGGGUUCAUGGGAAAGCACUGCGAGCAGAAAUGCCCUCAAGGUACAUAUGGGUAUGGAUGCCGGCAGAUAUGUGACUGCCUGAACAACUCAACCUGUGACCACAUAACGGGAACAUGUUACUGCAGCCCAGGCUGGAAAGGGGCCAGGUGUGAUCAAGCUGGUGUAAUUAUAGUGGGAAACUUGAACAGUUUAAGCCGUACCAGUACUGCCAUCCCUGCUGAUUCUUACCAGAUAGGGGCAAUAGCAGGCAUCAUCGUUCUUGUCCUGGUUGUGCUUUUCCUGCUAGUGCUGUUCAUCAUUUACAGACAUAAGCAGAAAGGAAAAGAAACAAAUAUGCCUGCAGUGACCUACACCCCUGCUAUGAGGGUCAUCAAUGCAGAUUACACCAUUUCAGAAGCCAUCCCUCACAGUAAUGGUGGAAAUGCUAACAGUCACUACUUCUCUAACCCUAGUUACCAUACUUUAACUCAGUGCACUACCUCACCUCAUGUGAACAACAUGGACAGACUGACCCUGGCAAAGGCAAAAAACAAUCAGCUGUUUGUUAACCUUAAAAAUGUGGAGCCUGGAAAACAAGGCACUGUCAUGGACUAUACAGGAACAUUGCCUGCUGACUGGAAACAUGGUGGCUACCUCAAUGAGCUUGGUGCUUUUGGACUUGAUAGGGGAUAUAUGGGAAAGUCUCUGAAAGAUCUAGUGAAGAACUCAGAAUACAAUUUAAGUAACUGCUCAUUAAGUAGCUCUGAGAACCCAUAUGCUACUAUAAAAGACCCACCAGCUCUUGUACCAAAAAGUUCAGAAUGCGGGUAUGUUGAAAUGAAGUCACCAGCACGCAGGGACUCCCCAUAUGCUGAGAUUGCCAGCUCUAGUUCAGCCACUAAGAAUGUUUAUGAAGUUGAACCUACGGUGAGUGUUGUCCAGGGAGCAUUCAGCAGCAGUGGACGUUUCAGCCAGGAUCCUUAUGACCUUCCAAAAAACAGCCAUAUUCCAUGUCACUAUGACUUGCUACCAGUUCGAGAUAGCCCCACAUCCUCUACAAAGGAGGUUAGCAGUGAAUGACCCAACAGGCUGACGUGUAGCACAGUGGGACUCUGAAGGGGCAAAAGUGGCAUGGUUGUGUUCCUUCAUCCAGAUCACCAUCGUAUUUGGCUCCUAGUCUGUCCAGCAGACAACUGCUGUACAUUAAACAGAAUCUCAGCAUGAAGUUUGUAUUGUGUAUACAAGUGACAGAUGGACAAACGCCACACUCUGGGGAUCCUGAUCAUUCUUUUUUCCAUGGCAGUAAAUUUUAUAGAAACAGGUAUGCAACACAUUUAUACUGUAAUAUACUGGCUUAAAAGUAUUAGUUUGCAGAUCAGUUUUGAUAAUAUCCCAUUUCAGUGACUUUAAAUAUAGGCUUCAUGUUUGUUAUGUUUCACUGUAAAAGUACUCCCAGGACAGUGCAGCGUACCAAAUACCACUUUGUACAGGUGAUCUGAUUCACUAGGUACAUAGAAGAAAAACUCCCUUGCUGAGUUUUACCUUCCAUUCUGAUUGUUAGUCAAGGCAAAUUAGGAAACAAGGUUUGAUGGGGAUAAAUAAGCACAAUACUGCAGUUGUUUGGAGAAAACCAUCAUCAGGCUCUUUUGUCCAUUACUGCUGGUGGGCAUACCCUGCUUGAACAGUUUGGGGAGAUAAAAGCAUUGUAUACACUGAUAUGAUGCUUCAAGAUCUCUUAGUACUUCAGACCCAGCACCAGUCUUCAACAAAUCUUUUUCUACUGUUCAAAAUCCAUAUGUUGCAGUUUUGAUCAUUAUUUCUGCCACACACAAUUAAUAAUCCAGAACAUAUCAGUAAUUGCUUUCAAAAAUCUAUAAAUUAAAUCAGUUUAUUUUUGCCACCAUGGACUGAUUAUGUAAGGAGUGGACAAAGGUGAUGACUGCUGUAAAUCGUAACUGCAAGGAAAGGUUUACAUUUUAUAAACAGGUAGUAAUAAUGACUGUAAUAUAGAAUAAAAAUAGAAAAGUGUUCUGAAUUUUUUUUCUCUUAGCAAUAACUAAGCAAUCUCUGUGCAUACUUGCUAAAAAGGCACCUUUUCUUUUUUAUAGUUGAUGUAGGGAAACACAUGCUUAAGCUGGUCUUUUGCAUUGCUAAUAACAUGACACAUGUACCCCCCAUUCUUAUUAACUUGUGUCUCCAUUUUUAUCCUGUGUGUCUGUGGUUUUAGUGAUCUAGCUUAUGAUUGCAAAAAAUAUCCUACUGUGUAUCCAUUUUGUUUGCAUUUUUGCCAAUUGGCCUUUAUUUUGUCUAGUUAAAGGGACCUCUGAGCAGAGGGAGAUGGUAAAAAUAAGAAUUCAUGUCAUACUACUGUCUGUCAGGGGUGGUUACCUAAUACAUCAUAAGUAAUUAAUUAAUUGGGGGGGGGUAGGGGAGUCAUGGUGUUUUCAUCAAAGAUAAAAAAAUAUGCAGAAGUGAAAAAUAACCCCUCUUUAAAAGUUUAGCUUGUUCUCUUGGCUACAUGGAUGGAGAUUGUCUUACCAAAAGGCUCCUUUCUCUCCCUCCAAAACAGUCUGUUGUGAACUGUGCAGUUCAGUGGAAAUUAAAUUUGCCACAGUGUCCAUCCAUUGAAGCAAAGUUGUUCCCCAGACAUGUCAGCCUGCAAAUAAAAUGCUUGAUAUAGAUUGGACAUUCUGUUUCACUGGAAAGUUAUCUUUAGAAAACAAAACUUGCUUCCAGCUGCUGUUGCUAUCAGUUAUCCUACCAGCUAACGUGUUCGUAAGAUAACCCCAUCAGGCUUUUCCACUCUGCCCUGGCAGUAAAUCUUCAGCUUCUCGUGAACAGCUUGUCCUGAGGGUUAAUAUAUCCCUGAUAGAUGGAGAAAGGAUACAAGCAGUUGCAUUGUAUGGCAUACAAUGGGAAGCACUAGUUCCCCUCCUGUUUCUGUGUUGAGGUGACAUUUUGGCUCAUGAGGCCUGUGGUGCAUUCUAAUGAUAUGAAGGGCAGUUGAUUGGUCCACAUUUGGGUGGAUGAGCUCUCCAGCUCAGCACAGGGAGUGCCACAACCAUUUUUGUCUUUACAUCUGGACUGCAAUACAGUUGGAGACAGAGUUAAUCCCUGUUGUGACAGCAUUGCUGUGUUCCUAAGAAAUUCACAACCAGUUGCCUUUGGAAUACAAAAUCCAACAGAGGAUCAACUGGAAAAAAAAUGAAAAAAACUUUGGCAGUUUUUUUUUAAAGGAAUCCCAGAGCUGAAAUAGAAAGAGAAGUUGAUUUUAUUUGUUGUCACUGUGGUGAUGAAUGAAAGAUCUGCACCUGAAGACAUCGUUGCAGAUGUGCUCAUACUGACAAUGUGUGUGUCUGUAUGAAGUGCCAUGUAACACUCGUGGUUCUCACUGGCUGUCAGUAGUUUGUUUUUCCGUUCCAUUGGCAUUUUAUAUAUUCUUGGAAUAAAUGAUUUGAUUAUCUUGGGAUUUUGUAAAUAUAGAAAUUAACUAGAAGGUCUUAAAAGCCAAUUAUCAUUUAAUCCCUCUGUAGGACAAAAGUUUUUACUGGGUUUGUGUGCAUAUAGGUAACAUGUAGAGCUACUGGUAUAUACAUGUUUGUACUUUGUGAAACAGACUUUAAAAUAAAGCAUUUCAUCUCUGAAGCCAUGAAUAGUAAAUGCUGUAUUUAGCAAUUGUGAGCUCACAAAAAAAUAUUUUCUUACUCUGUGUAAAAUUUGGAGACCACUAAAU